UCUUCAUUAGAUUUAAAGGAAGUAAUGUUUCCCACAGCUCAGCUGCUGCGACGGACUCUAUCGGUUUCGGACCGCUCGCCAUUUUAAUCUGCCCAUUUGAGGAAUAACACACACAUUUGUCUAUUAUAAGGCGUUUCUUUACGGCGAGACAGAUCUCCAUGAUGAUGGAAAUGGAGGCGAUGCAUUCCAGUCAACAGGACAUGAACCUGAUUGACAUACUGUGGAAGCAGGACAUUGAUCUCGGUGCCAGGCGUGAGGUGUUUGACUACAACCACCGUCAGAAAGAACAUGAGCUGCAGAGGCAACGGGAGCUGGAAGAAGAGAAGAGGCAGCAUCUAGUCCGGGAGCAGGAGAAGGCCCUGCUGGCACAGCUACAGCUCGACGAGGAAACGGGAGAGUACAUACCCUGCCCGCCUUCCAGCGCCCCACUGCAGUCGGCUGUCACACCUCUAGAGGUUACACAGAAUGUCAGCUUCGCGGAAGAGACUGGUGAUGCCAUGUCAUUUGAUGAAUGUUUGCAGCUACUGGCAGAGACAUUUCCUGUAGAGGAAACUGAGAACACCUCAGUUUGCCUGGACACAACUGCAGUUGCACCCAUGAUGUCCCCCGAGCAGCCAGCUAUGCCGGUGGCCACCCUCUCCCCAGGUCCACCACCGCCACCACCACCACAGAGGAUGUCCCCAGAUUUGGAGCAGGCCUGGAUGGAGCUUUUGUCCCUUCCUGAGCUGCAGCAAUGCCUGAACAUGCAAAUGGAGGACACACUGGAGACCACAACAUAUCCUCUUCCAAACAGCCCAGAAGUACAGAAUCCAAACUACACGUUUUACCCCAUGACCAGUCUCACAGAUGGGGAAACAAACAAUGUAAAUGUUUGUCCUGCAGAGUUUAUGAAUACAUUUGAUGGCUCUAUUCCCAGUAUGGCCCCCCCAGACAAUCUUAGCCAGACGAAAGCGAAAGCUCCUCAGUUAAAUACUAACUUCACUGCAGAAAGUUACUGUGACAUAUUUUACCCCAACGCCAUUCUGGAAGAGAGCAGUGGUCAACAUGGCCUUGAAGUAAAUGAAAGUAACACUGUGCCUCAUAUCCCAAACAAGCCUCCCUUCACACCAGUGGACCUAUACAGCCUCUCACCUGGAGAUGCAUUUGACAGAGGCAAACAAAAUCUGACGGCAGAAUUGCCAGAUUCAGAUUCAGGAAUCUCUUCAAACACAAGUCCAAAUGCUAGUUCACCUGGGAAGUCUGUAUAUGAAGAUGGGUCCUUUCUUUACAGCGAUUCAGACAUGGAGGAGAUGGACCAAAACCCUGGAAGUGCAGAAUCUGACUACUCAGAGAUGUUCUCACUCAAUUUCCAACCUGAUGAUCUUCAGCCAGCAGCAGUUUCUGUACUAAAAGGGCAGCCACAGCAUCAGAAGGAAAAGAAACCCAAACAACACAAGACGGACCCUGGAGAGGAGAUUGGCCACAACAACGCUCCCUUCACUAAAGACAAGCGGAAGAAGCGCUCUGAAGUGCGUCUCUCCAGAGACGAGCAGAGGGCCAAGGCCCUCAAAAUCCCUUUCACUGUAGCCAUGAUUAUCAAUCUGCCUGUUGAUGAUUUCAAUGAGAUGAUGUCAAAGCACCAACUGAACGAGGCCCAGCUGGCCCUGGUCCGAGACAUACGCCGCCGUGGCAAGAACAAGGUAGCUGCCCAGAACUGCCGCAAACGCAAGAUGGAGAACAUAGUGGGCCUGGAGAGCGAACUGGACUCACUGAAAGACGAGAAGGAGCGUCUGCUGAGCGAGAAGAGCCAGAACAUCACAAACAUGAAGGAAAUGAAGCAGCAACUCAACAGCUUGUACCUGGAGGUCUUCAGCAUGUUGAGAGAUGAGAAGGGGAAUACCUACUCCCCAUCCGACUACUCCCUCCAGCAGUCAACUGACGGCAGCAUCUUCCUCGUUCCUCGCAUUAAAAAGACUUUCAUCAAGAGCGAAGACAAGCUUGUAUCUCCUUUGUAAUAUGGUACUGCAUUAUCAUAGUAAUACUAUGCAAUAACUUUGUAGUCUCUCAGCUUUAAAGCAUUAGUAGCUCAGCAGAACUAUUGUAUAGUUUUUGCUCACUUCUCUUGAAUGUUGUAAUAUUUUUGAUAUUUUACUUUUGUACUGAUACCCUCAGAUUCUUUAACCAAUAUUAUUUGUAAAUAUAUGCAUUACUUGCUUUUGAGAUUGAUAAAACUGUUACUGUAUGUGUGUGUAUAUAUAUAUAUAUAUAUUGUAUAUUGUAUAUAUCAUAUUUCUGUAUGCUAAUGAUUGUUUCAAUCAUUGUUACUCAUAUUUUAUAUAACUGUCCCUUUAUGAUUUGCUGCCCAGGUUCUUUUUUUAAAAUCUUGACUUAAGUGCUUUUCAAUAAACUAUUCAUGUAGCUA